AUGGAUGGCCUCUUGACUGCGGUAAAAACUGUCAAGCGGGAUAGUGAUUCUCCUUUGGUCGCUUCUGAGUCGCUGAAUCCCCAUGAUCGUUCCACCAGGCCCGCACUUAACUUUGACCAAGAUAUAUCAUCGGCUCAAGUUAUAGAUGUUCUCAAGUCCCAUCCUUCCCAGGAAGAAGUUGCUGCAAUUCUGUCUGCACUGGACCCAUUCAAUGCAUCCAGAAAGAUUCAAAAUGUCGACAUUCGAGUCCCGAGCCCAACAACAGCCCAGAUCCUUCAGCUGUUAGUCAGCACCACCGUGCUGGACCAUUGGGCAUCACUGAAUCCAAAAGAGAAGCGGUCGAAAGAUACAAAGACCCGUGCUGCUUUGUUAAGAUGUCUGAGCAGUGUUGUCGGGGUCGGCUCUCUCGUGGCCCAGCUCCGUUCCUUGAUUGCAACUGCUCAAGCAACGGCCAAGCAGGCGGACGGCUCGAAUAGCUCCAUCGUCAUUCGAGAUCUGCUCUCUGUCAUUGCGGCUCUUCUAGAGCCAACGGACUUCCUGUAUCGUCUCUACGUAGACACUUCAUCUCUCUAUGACAAUCAGACUCGGCAGCAAGUUACAUGGAGAGAACUUGUCGGACUUGCGGCUGCUGGGAAACUCCUCUCGACGGCGGCGGAGGCUCUCGCUGUUUCCAAGGGAGUCGAAGUCCCAUCAUCAAUCUCGUGGGUCGGUGAUGGUACUCGGUAUGCCUCAUGGCUAGGCAAAAACAUUGCCCACAUGGUCUCGAAGCUCAACGCAGAUAAAGCCGGUGAUUGGAGCUCCGCCGCUUUCCUCACGGGAAGAGCUCUGAGCUUGGGAUAUUCUGAUCAGUUAGUCCGGGAGAUAUACUCGGGUCUACUAGUCGAUCAAACAGCCCCAGGUCAAUUUGGUCUCCUUCUUGACAGUCUCAGACAGCCAGAGCAAAUCUCCAUGAUUGAAGCUAUCUUUCGCGAUAUUCAAAAACUUUACUUUCCCGAUGACCUCGCUGGUACAUUGAAAUCACCUGACAAGUCUGAUGAUAUCAUUGCAGGCGUGUCCGCGCUUUGUUCAGCAAUUUUAGGGGGCCGUCCCUUCUUGCAGAGCCAAGUUUCAGAAUGGCUUUCAAAGAGCCAAGGAGGUUCAAUUCAGACCAUUGGAUUACGUCGAGCUCUUUUGGCCACCUACAAUGAUCAAAAUGAUGAGCUCGGUUCUUUGCUCAUGCGCAGUCUAGAGCAAUUUGGGGACAAGUUCUGCAUUAAGCAUCUUCCAAACAUCACACAAAAUGCAAAUGCCCAAAUCAUUCUUCUGGCAGCAGGCCGCCUGAAGUGCUUGGAUUCAAGUCAAUUGAACAACGCAGGACGGACAGCAGCCUUCCUCAGUGCAGUCUCCAACCGGAUCGCAGCAUCUUCAACUCGAGCCCGAUUCCUGGGAAUGAUCAUUGGUACUGGAAUAUCAGAACUCAUCGAAGAGCCCGGCAAAGCCAUGAAGUUCGACCUUGAAGAAAUGCGGAGCGAGGAAGCACUUUGUUAUUUGAGUCUUAUUGAGGUCUGUGAUGAGCUUGGGACGACCAAGUCUAUCAGAUCAUUGCAGUCAACGCGGCCAAAAGCUCAGCAAGCCGCUCAAGAAGCUCGAUCGAGCCAAUCCAAGAAGUCAAACGCACGGCCUAGCCACCCACAAACGAGCAAGAUUGUCGCAAUCGAAGAGAUUGAGGAUAGCGGUGAUGAUACAGAAGAGGACUUGGAUCUCAUUCCAUACGAGAAACCAGACGAUGACGAAUCGGAUGAUGACGAGGAUCCUACUCUUGUCCAACGAAACAAGCCCACCACGCCUGUGUACAUCCGUGACUUGAUCACGUAUCUUCGAGACACUGAGAACGUGGAGCGUAAUCAACUCGCCAUAACAACUGCCCCUUCUCUAAUUCGACGCAAGAUAGGAUUCGGCACUGAGCUUGCAGAGCAAAUCGAAGAACUGGCUCUCACCGUCGUGGGUCUUCAGAAUGAUAACAAUCACCCGCAGUUCCACGAGUCUCGCCUCCAGAGCAUGAUUGCUCUGAUCGUCUCGCAGCCCUUAAAGAUGGGCCGCUGGUUUACCUCGAUCUUUUUCGACGGUGACAUUUCUCAAGUUCAGCGAUCCGCUGUCCUUACAGCUUUGGGCUUAAGUGCUCGUGAAGUCGCCGGGCAUGGUGAGGCCGAUGCCAAAGCAUUGGGUCUACCAGAUUUAAAGGACACAUCUUUCCCAUCCAAGCGUCUAUCAACUGCAAUGGAAGCUAUGUUCCUUGGUUCUACUGGUGGCAAUGAUUCACCUAUUGCAACACUGACCAGAGAGAUGUCACGCACAUCGCUUCAGCCAUUGGCAGCUGAUGCAGCGGAUUCGCUCACUGGUCCCAAUGCUUUGAAAGUGCGCACCUUCUCAUCACGCAUGGAAGUCGAGAAGAAGCGUAAGCAGCGUGAGGAUGAGAGGCAGAAGUCUACUAUCAAGGAUCUGUAUAAAGUGCUUGCAGAAGGAUUCUUUUACCCGCUGCAAGGCCGGUUCGAGAUCAUGAUGCUGCAGUUCUCCUCAUCAUCCGCACCUUCAUACAACCCUUUCUUCGUCCCGCACAUUCUCACCCUCUUCCUCCAGACGCUUUCCCUCACUCUCUCGACAUCCGGACCUCAUACACCUUACCUACCAGCCCUCACCCAAGCUUCGCUUUCCUUGCUUCUGUCGCUGCACACAAGUGCAGUAUCAAGUGAAUCGACCGUCACAGCGGCAUUGUUGAAUCUCUUCCUCGCAUUGGUGGACUUGAACAUUGCCUCGGGCUCCAAUGGCGAAGAGCGACUCGUCACCGAGCAUGCAAAUCAAGUCAUUGAGCUGCGCGAGUGGGCUUCGGGUGUCUUUGACCGCGCGCCAGCUGGAAAAGUAAAUGCAGGUGCUUCUACCGAUCCACAAGAUCAAGUGCGCACUCUCGCUGCUGGAGUGAUGGUGCGGCUCGGGGAGGUGAUUGAGCGGUAUCAGGGACGGUUGAUGGGAGUCAAUUCCGGUUUCAAAUACUAG